AUGCAGCGGCGGCUCGAGGGCAAGGUGUCCUCCUUCUUCUUCGAGUACGACACCCCAGGAUGGUGCUCCGUGCGCAACAAGAAAGUGGGGGUCACCUUUCGGCUGAUCCAGCUCGUGGUCCUCGUCUACGUCAUCGGAUGGGUGUUCCUGUACGAGAAAGGCUACCAGUCGGCCGACAGUCUCAUCAGCUCCGUCUCGGUGAAGUUCAAAGGGCUGACGGUGACUAACGUGACCGGUAUGGGCCCGCACAUCUGGGACGUGGCCGAUUACGUCUUCCCGCCACAGGGGUCCAGCUCAUUUGUGGUCAUGACCAACUUCAUCCUCACCACCGAUCAGCAGCAAGGCAAUUGCCCAGAGCUCCCCCAGGAUGGGACGUGUCAAAAUGACCAGGAUUGCCCCCAGGGACUGUACAAGCGCACGAGCCAAGGCAUCAAGACCGGCCGGUGCGUCUCCUUCAACAAGACGGUCAAGACCUGCGAAGUCUUUGCCUGGUGUCCCCUGGAGGUGGAUGACAACAUUCCUGAUCCUCCCCUGCUCCAAGAGGCCGAGAACUUCACCCUAUUCAUCAAGAACAGCAUCAGUUUCCCUCGGUUCAAGGUCAACAGGCGCAACCUGGUGGAGUCCAUCGAUAACAAGUACCUGAAAAAUUGCUUGUACCACAAGACGCGGGACCCUCUGUGCCCCGUCUUCAAACUGGGCUACAUCGUGAGCGAGUCAGGACAGGACUUCAGGGCCCUGGCCUUGAAGGGGGGCGUGGUGGGCAUCACCAUCGACUGGAACUGCGACCUGGACUGGCCAGUGAGAUUCUGCAAACCCGUCUACCAGUUCCACAGCCUGUACGACGAAGGGAACAAGAUCUCUUCCGGGUUCAACUUCAGGUUCGCCCGGUACUACACCAACGGGACCAGCCGGAGAAAGCUGUUCAAGGUGUUCGGCAUCCAGUUCGACAUCAUGGUGGACGGAAAGGCUGGGAAAUUCGACAUCAUCCCCACCAUGACCACCAUUGGUUCUGGGAUCGGGAUCUUCGGGGUGGCCACCGUUCUUUGUGACCUGCUGCUGCUGCAUAUCCUGCCCAAACGGCACUAUUACAAGCAGAAGAAGUUCAAGUACGCCGAAGAAGUGGGGCCCGGACCCGACCGGCAGAAUCUGGCCGCCGGGUCCUCGAGGGAGGGCCUGAAGACCCCAUGAUGGGCCUUGCUGACCAGGACCCCUCCCCGCCCCGCCUCCCCGGGACGUGACCGGGCACAGAAGUCCCGAGCCCGGCCCGGCCUCAACUUCGGCCCCUGGGGCCCGCACCGUGUGAGCCUUCCCUAGCCUGUUUACAGUCCGGUGGUCCGAGCCAGAGGCUGAACCCCGAGCAUCACCCCCCAACACUCACACUGCACCCCUACAGCAUCCACUCCGACCCCAGAGCUGGCUGACUUCUCCCAGCACCUCCACUGGUGGGUCUGGCCCGUUUAGACCCAUUCCUCUUCGGACGGGGCGGGUGUUAGGGUAGGGGCACCCCAGGUUUCCGACACCACGGAAGCCGGGGCGGGCCCCCAGAGUGGGGCUGGACACCUGCCGUUGUUUCAUCCCUCACCCCCCGGGCAACCCCGGACUGGAUGGUCCCGAUGCAGACCCGUGGCCCGGGGAGGGGCAUUGGGUCACCCAGGCCUCCCCCGUCCCUCUAAACCCCGGGUGGGGGCACUUAGACCAACCCCACACGGGGGCCCGGGGUCAGGCCUCCUCAGCUGCCCACCUCUCCCCCACUGUCUGCCAGGCCUCGGGUGCUUCGCUUCCUCCCCACCCCUCCUCUCCAUCGCUUCGGAUCUACACCUUCCCGCCCGUAGGCCGGGACGCGAGUCCGGGUCCCUCCCACGCCCACAGCGUCUGCAGUGUGUCACGGUCUGGGGUCACGGGGGCCGGGGGUAGAGGUCACGGGAGGUGGGGGUCUGCUUGGGUUCUGGAGGAUUCUGAGAUCUGGGAUGGGGUCAGGGGAGGAGAAGGGGAUGCUGGAAGAUCCCUUAUCUCCCCAAAGACUGCAGUGACCCUUAGUCGAUAUGGAUCACUGCGGGAGGGAGGGAGGGUGGGAGAGAACGGAUGUUUUGUAAUAAAAUGGAUUGUGAUAAAAACCA